AGCCCUGACCGGCUGUGCCUUUCCGGGCACAGACAGCUCCAAGGAGCCCCAGGGAGCCCGAUCCCGUUUGUCCUGAUUCCUGGGGAGGGAGGUGUGGAGGCCUGAAUGGCUCCUUUCGGGAUCAGCCCAGCAAUUUUCCAGCCCGGCGCGUCAGCUGAGCACUCUCCUUAGCGAGGACUGAGCCUGAAUCCCCGGAGCACGUGCCACGUGCGGGACAUGACGCGCGUCAUGAGUGUCGCCCGGUUAAUGGCCAGCAUCCCGCUCAGCCUGCCAGUCGCAGCCUGCACCCCCGGCUGUGUGCCCCACCCAGCAGGCUGCACUUGGUGCCACCGGCAAACCCAGGUCUCGGUGGUGCUGGCCUGGUGCCAGGGCACCCGUGCUCCCCGCGGCAUGGAUGCGUGGUGCCGGCACAACGCUGCAUUCGACUGCAUGCCCCAGCCGGCAGCCUGCUGCCCCGACUGGAUGGCGGGGCUGCCUGACGCCCUGCCCCUCUCUCGCCUCUCCAUCCCUGGCACGCACGAUUCCCUCAGCCUGUUCGGCGGCCGGCGCCUGCGGUGCCAGAGCUGGGGCCUGGAGGCCCAGCUGGCGGCCGGCGUGCGCUUCUUGGACGUGCGCUGCAAGCUGGAGCGGGGCGAGCUCCGCGUCUACCACCUCUGCACCUUCCAGCGGGCCAGCCUGCGGGGCGUCCUGCGCCGCACCCUGCGCUUCCUCCGCGCCCACCCCGGCGAGGCCGUGCUCAUGCGCAUCAAGGAGGAGCUGCCCUUCUUCUCCCGGCCCGGCUUCGCUGCCCGGCUCCAGCGCUGCUUGCUGGAGGAGGGACGGGGCCGCCUGUGGUGCCGCGAGGAGGUGCCCACGCUGGGCCAGGUUCGGGGCAAGAUCGUGGUGCUGGAGGCGCUGGAGCAGGCGGUGCUGGGCAUCCCCUACGAGCAGCUGAGCAUCAGUGACGCCUGGAACGUGCUCUCCCUGGAGAGGAAAUGGGCCCGAGCGCGGCGGCACCUGGAGGCGGCGGCCAGCGGGGACCCCACCAAGAUGCACCUCACCUUCUGCUCCGGCAACGGGCUCUUCACCUGCCCCGAGGAGGUGGCCCGCUUCGUCAACCCCCGCUGCUACCGGCACCUGUGGCGCCGGUCGGGGCAGGCGGUGCGCUGGGGGGUGGUCAUCAUGGACUUCCCCGGGGCAGGCCUCCUCCGGCUCAUCGUGGAGAGCAACGCCCCGUGGGCGAGCGGGCAUGUCGCAGCGGCACCCAGCACCCCCGCGGCACCCCGGCGGCGGAGGGGACGGGCGCUGCGGGCGGCACCGCUGGGGCCGGCGUCCCCCGUGCCGCUGCCAGCCCCACGCAUCCGCCGAACGACAUCGGUGCCCUUGGGGAAGAAGAGUGGCCGUAGUUCCCGUGCGGCACCGCGAAGCCUUCGUGUGACGGCUGUGUGACAGCGCCGGGGCCGGGUCGGAGCCAGGCAGCCGCCAGCUGCCCCUGUGCAUCGCGUCCCACCAGGAGCCAGGGGCUUGCCCCCAAAGUCAGGACUGUUAGAGAGAGGCAACUUCAACCAACCCUGCAAUGGCAGGGAGAGAAGGCAGGAGAAAUGUCCCCGUCGCUCUGCUCAUCCUGCAGGCACCCGGGGACAGCAGCGAGGAGAGGAGAGGAGAGGAGAGAAGAGGAGAGCUUUCCAAGGAGCAAGGAAGGAGGGUGCCUGCAGGGGAGGGCUCAGGUGACACGGACAUCCCCUCCCGUGUACCUGGGCCAGGUACAGGGAGGUGCCCCGUGCAGAAGGGAGUUUUCCAUGGCUGGUGCAUUCGGCACACACGGAGAGCUGGUCGGACAGAGUGAAGGGGAGUAAACCCCCACCCACCUGCAGAAAACAACCCGGUGAUUUAAAUAGUGACUGGGGAGCUGCAGGACACCCAAGCUACAUGGAGCAGAAAGAGAACCAAGAUCUGUUUGGUGCAGAAAGCACCAAACCGCUGACCGCGCUCAACAAGGAGGGGUCAGAAAGCACUAGGCAGGGUGCUCACCCAGGACUGGUGAGAAGAGGAAAGCUCAGCCCCGGCCUGCCAAAAGGUGAAGAACACGCUCAAGGAUGCUUCUGUGUCAGGGAAAAAUAGAGCUGGCCUCGCUGCGUGUGUACGGGUGCCUCAGGAUUUCCUGGCAGGAGGAGAGGACAUUGUUUGCUCCGCAGAGGCUGGCUCUGGCUGGACAUGAGGCUCUCACUGCUGAGUGCGUUCAUCCGCUCCCCCUGGGUGGCUCUGCUCGGGAGCUGCCGUGGCCGAGGAGCGAGGGGAUGGGGCCAGAUGUGAGGGAGGGGAAGGGGCAGAGAGGCCCAAAAGCACACUGGGGGUGAUGGGCGGGGGAACCCACCUCUGGGCUUGCCCUGUUAGACAUGGGAAGACUGAAAUCGUUCACUGCAUUAAAACAGACUGUCCAG